AUGGCCUACCCCUAUUCGGACAACAGCGAAUAUAAUAUUCGGCGGAAGUCCGUCCCCGUCCCAGACACGUACAUCACGCCUCUUGUUGGACACGGGGAUGGGCCUGGCGAGUAUGAGACGACGUAUCGGCCUGACGCGCAGUCGUACCACGACAAGACACCGCACUUGGCCGUCCAGCCGGAGCCACCGCAAGGCCCCAAACCAAACUAUAAACCGUCGCCCCUGAGGUGGCCGUUCCUCUGUGCGCUCGUCGCUAUCCUCCUCGGUCUCAUUGCCUUGACCGAGUACGCCUGCCACGUACUGCCGGCCGAGGAUAUCCAGGUGUUUCUCCCAACCACGAGAUCGGUCGUAGCCGCGACGCCCACACCCACGCCCACGCCGACUGUGGGAAAACGGCAAGACCCGCCCCCAGGAUCGCCAGGUGAUGGCAGCAUUGCGACACCAUCUGUAAGUUUGCCAUCUGGCGUCCAUGCAAACAUGCCGGCCUCUGCGCAACCCAAUACCCUCGAGCUCAAUGCUGACGUAGGAGAUGAAGCCGGAUCGAUGACAACUCUAUCGGAUGGUCGAACAGUAACGGCAACAAGACCAAAGCCCGACUUCGGCACUGUCGGAUCCGUUAUACUGACACCAAGCGGCGGCGGCGACAGCACGCCCAACCAGGUGCCUCCAGAGUCUACCCGGCCGCCGAGCGAUCAAGCCAGCGGUGGACUAGUCACCGUGACCGACCCGCUAGUCCUGCAGACGCCCGAAAUUGUGACCCUCACCGACCCCCAAGGGAUCCCAACGGCCACAUCGACGAGCACGCCGCCGCCCCUCUCGACUCCGACCGUGGUAACUCUGACGGAUGCCAACGGCAACCCGACGACGGUGUUGACGAGUGCUCCAGCACCCCCAGUAACAAGCGUCUUCACCGACGCCAAUGGAGUGCCCACCGCAACGGUGACCCAGUAUCCAGUCGCCCCGACGGGCCCAGCGGACGGACGCCACGUCUUCUUCAUCUCCCAGGCCGAUUACUUCAUCGGGUACUUCCUGCCCGCCAUACUCUGCGUGCUCCUCACCAUCCCUGUCCGCAUGAUCGAGCUGAGCGCGAAGCAGUUCCAGCCGUUCCACCAGCUGACGCACGAGUUCGGCGCGCCGGCGAGGGAUUCUCUCGUGCUCCAGACCGGAGGCUUACAAGGGUUCAUGACGAGCGUCCGCUCGCUCUUCGGCGGGCAGGCGCUCAUCUUCCUGACGACCAUGCUGUCCAUCUGUUCCAUGAUCCUCGUCCCCGUAGCAGUCGAGGCCGUCAGCUUGAAGCUGCACGGAAGCUGCAGCCAGCUGAGCUUCAAGGGAUGCGCCAUGACCCUCGGGGUCUUCCUCAUCCCGGCCAGGGUUGCCAUCGGCAUCCUCGGCUUCAUGGUCGUGACCCUGCUCCUGAUGCUGGUGGUCCUCCGGGACUGGCGGUCGGGCGUGGCCACGAACCCGUGGAGCAUCGCGGGCAUGGCCGUGCUCUCCACCAACCCGGACGUGCGCGCGCUGUUCGCGUCUCUCCCGACGGGCAGGUCCGGCAGGAUCGGCGACGGGCAGCUGGCCGACGCCCUGGACGGCCGCAUGUUCAAGCUGGGCUACUUCGUCAACCGGCACGGCCAGCCCGAGUACGGCAUCAUGGUCCACAACGAGGCGGGACGGCCGCUGCACAGGCCGGAUGAUCAGGCGGGCGAGCAUGUGCGCCACGUGGACUUUGGGGAGGAGCCGUACCGGAUGAAGAGACAGCAUUACCUGCCCUUCCUGAUGCUCUCCUAUGGUUGGAGGAUCCUCUUCCUACUGCUGCUGAGCGGGGUGUUGGCAGUUAUACUGUACUACAACAACACGGGCGGCGAUACGCCCUUCGAGAGGUUCAUGGACAUGCAGAGUUUCGGAGUGCGCUUCCUCUUCACGGCGCUGGGUGUCAUCACCACAUUCUUCUGGUCGUCGUUCUUCAGCAGCCUGGCUCUACUCAGCCCGUACCACCAGCUCUCCAAGUCGCCGCAGCCGGCCGGGCAGUCGAUCCUGCUCUCGCCGCCGAUGACGGCGUUCACGGGUGUUUUCAGUGCGAUGCGGCGGCGGCACGGGUUCCUCGGGCUGGUGGGCGUCACGGCGAUCCUGUCCGAGUUCAUGCCGAUCCUGCUCAACAAUGUGCCGUUCCGGGUGACGCAGACGUGGGUGGCACACAUGGUGUGCACGUGGCUGUCCGUCGGGAUCCUGGGCUUCAUGUGGCUGGUCGUGGUGGGCAGCUUCUUCGUCCGUUGGCCGCACAUGCCCGUCGACCCCAGCACCGUCGCCGGGGCCAUGUACUACCUCUGCGACUCGUGGAUUCUGUGGAGUCUCGAGGGCAUGUCGACUCUGAAGAAGAAGGAGAGGGACUGGAAGAUCAGCGAGACGGGGCUGAAGUUUAGGUUUGGCGAGAUCGAGGGCCUCAGCGGGCUCAGACGGGUUGGUAUUGACGGGGUUCGUGAUUCACAGCCCUGACAACGGGAAAGAAGUAUUGUGUUAUACUACCGUUGUUCUGCCUACUGUUGUAAUGGAGGGAUUGCGUUAGGUACAUAUUAUAUUUGCUCGGGGGGAGUUGAAAUAGGAAUACUUGGAAGCUGCCAGCUGCCAAAUGCAAGUAAGUUGCAGCACCGCCUGGCACGUGAG